ACCCUGUUGCCCCCCUCUGACUCAGGCCGGGUCGGACCGGGUGUGUUUCCGGGGUUCCGAACUCAGCUGAAGCUCCAGCAGCGCGUCUGAAGCAGGAGAUGAGGAAUCCCACCGAGGCUCCAUCAUGGAUGUGCUGUGUUCAUUUCCUCUUCCUGCUCGCUCGAGUGUCCUGUCACACUGAGUUUGAGAUCUCGGUACCCACUCGUGUGCAGACGGCUGUGUACGGUGAGUCGGUGGUUCUGUCCUGCACGUUCCCAGUGAGCGGCUCGUGGGACGCAGGCAGCAGCGUGAUCACGUGGCAGCGAAAACUGGAGGUGGUCCAUAGUUUCUACAAUGGCCAAGAUCAGCCUCAGUUCCAGAGCCAGAGAUACGCCAACCGCACCAGCCUGUUCCACCAGGAGCUGAAGAAGGGGAACGCAUCACUCAGGCUGGACCGUACCAUUGUGGAGGAUGCGGGGGAGUACACCUGCUCCAUCAUCACUCAGCUGGGCAGCCAGAGGAAGAGCUUCAGCCUCAAAGUAGCAGCGUUCUACCCCGAGCCUCGUCUGCACAUCACCAAGUUGAACGAUGGCCAUGUGGAGGUGCUGGUGACCUCAGAGGGCGGGUACCCCUCCCCCUCGCUGCAGUGGCUGAUGGGAAACGCAAAUGAUGUCACCAACGACACACACAUGCAGCUGAGGCAGGACCAACACACACGUCUGUACAGUGUGAUGAGUAAACUGGACCUGAGCGGCACCAUCAACUCCUCCAUCAACUUCAUCAUGAAGAACCCAGAUCUGGGCCAGGAGAUCAGGAGGAACAUCGACCUCUUCUCAGAAACAGGAGGAGAUGAUGAAGACAAACAGAAAAUCACUGCAUACUUCCUGCUUGGACUGGCCACUGGAAUGAUUGUUAUACUUUGUCAUUUUUUUGGGGUGGAAACCGUGUGGUAGAAAAGAACUGUGAAAGAACCGUGGACUUCUGGGUGAUUUCUCAUAUACGAAUGAUUUUAUAGAAGAAAUAUCAGGGGAUUCAAAGCGCUGUGUGGAGACCUGAGG